AUGUGCGAGCAAGCCGCGCGCUACUGCCGCGAGGGCGUCCACAGGCUCUUCCGCAAGGCGCCGCCGCCGCAGCCGCAGCUCGCGGGGCUGGACGGGCUGCUCCGCUGGAUCGUCACCAAGAUGAGCGACAAGAGCCUGCUGGCCGAGCGGGAGCUGCCGCCGCAGCGCGACCCGCCGCCCGCCGCCGCCGCCGCCUGCGCCCCGGAGCAGAGGAAGGGCGCCUCGGUGAUCCUGGAUAUCUUCAGACGAGCUGACAAAAACGAUGAUGGGAAGCUGUCCUUGGAGGAAUUCCAGGCCUUCUUUUCCGAUGGAACUCUUAAUGAGGAAGAACUGGAAAAGCUUUUCCAUACCAUUGAUUCUGACAACACAAGCAACGUGGAUACUAAAGAACUGUGCGAUUAUUUCACUGACCACAUGGGGGAUUAUGAAGAUGUUUUGGCUUCCCUGGAGACCCUCAACCUCUCCAUUCUGAAGGCGAUGGAUUACACCAAGAGGGUCUAUGAAAGAGGAACAAAUGUGGACCAGUUUGUGACCCGCUUCCUGCUGAAAGAGACAGCCAAUCAGAUCCAGUCCUUGCUCAGCUCUGUGGAAAGUGCUGUGGAUGCUAUUGAUGAGCAAACCAGUCAGAUAAGGCAUUUCCACUGUAAAUCUGGACACAUGGACACCUGGUAUGAUAACCCCAUGCCUAAUUAUUCCCCCAAUAACAGAAUCAUGACCAAAGAACGCAGGAAAAGUUUCCAGACUGCAUCUUCAGACACCAAGGAGGAGGGCUUGGAAGCCCAGAUCAACAGGUUAGCAGAGUUGAUUGGAAGGCUGGAAAACAAGACUCUUUGGUUUGAUCUGCACCAGCGGUUGUCGGACAGCGAGAACACAGCCUGUUAUCUUCUCUUGGUGCGAACUGAGAUGACGGCUUCCCAGAAGCACCUGGCCGAGUUCUGCGGCUCCCUUAAGCAGUACCUGAAGAACGUGGCGGGAGACCAAGAUUGCUUCCACGUCACUGCAGUGAGACUUCCCGAUGGGGUCACUUUCAUCGUCUAUGAAUUCUGGGAGACAGAGGAUGACUGGAAGAGGCACCUCCAGAGCCCCGCCUGCAAAAGUUUCCAGCAUGUGAAAGUGGAUACGCUGACUCAGCCCGAAGCGGUCUCCAACGUGUCAGUGCCAGCGGCUUGGUGCACCCUCAACAGAGACUGA